AUGUCUUCCUCCCAACAACCAGGGCCAGCGGCGGCCGGUCCCAACCAAACAAGCGCUGCCGCCGGUCUGUCGAAUGCUACUAGUGAAGAUGGUGCCAGGAGCCAGAUGUCCCAAGCGGGGCAGCCGUUGGGCAUUGAUGCUGCUACUACUGGAGGUUUCAGUAGUAGUUCAAUCGCUGCUGCUGGUGGUGUCGCCGCCGCUGGUGCUGCCGCCGCACCACUUCCCGGCACUGGACCUUUUCUCCCUACUGCCGCGAGCACCGCUCAUUCGCCGGAAGAAGCUCUGCCGCCGCCCGAACUCGUUGCAGCGCAGGACGACACAAUCGAAGCUGCCGAGAGCAAUGCCGAUAGCGACGAAUUCACACCCUCGGAGUGGGGUGAAGAUGGCGGCGCAUCAACUGCCUCAACCUCGAUCAACUCCAGCAUAUACAUGCACACUUACGAGAAUGGCCGAAGAUAUCACAGUUAUAAAAAUGGAAGAUAUCCUAUACCGAAUGAUGACCAGGAGCAGAACCGUGAAGAUAUGAAGCAUGUAAUGAUGCUGGAGAUGACCGAUGGCAAGUUGGUAUAUGCUCCCAUCGGUGAUUACCCGCAAAAGAUCAUCGACAUUGGCACAGGAACAGCCGGUGACAAAUACCCCAGUGCCGAGGUGCUCGGCAUUGACCUUUCGCCUAUACAGCCUGUUUGGAUACCGCCAAACGUCAAGUUUAUUAUCGAUGACUGCGAGGAGGAAUGGCUCAAUGGCGACAACUUUGAUUUGGUGCACAUGCGCUUCAUGUCUCCGGUUCUCAAAGAUGUACAGAAAAUGUGCGCGCAAUCAUAUGCUAACCUGAAACCGGGCGGCUGGAUAGAGUUUCAAGAAUUGCAUGCUUGGCCGCAGUGCGACGAUGGGACAAUGCUCCCCGACGACCAUGUCGCUGGUUUUUAUAAGCUCGUCGUUGAAGCCUUCGCCAAGCUAGGCUUGAAUAUACACGCACCAUGCAAGCUCGACAAACCUCUAGAGGCCGUCGGAUUCACAAAUAUUCAAUGUGUGGUCAAGAAGAUCCCGAUUGGAACCUGGGCGAGGGACCGGCGAUUGCGAUUAGUUGGACACUACUUGAAGUUGGUCAUUCAGGAUUUCCUGCCUGCCCUGGCCAACAAGCCCUUUGCCGUACUCGGUAUGAACCAAGUCGAGAGGGAGAUGUGGCGCACAGCAACGUUCAAGGCCUUGGAUGACAUGUCGGCCCAUCGAUAUUGGAAUUUCUAUUUCUGGUCGGGCCAGAAGCCAGAGUAA